AUGGACGGAGGCACUCUCCCCACCUGGGCCCUCUACACGGCGGCGCUUCUGGCCUCCGCCGCCAUCUUGAUGGUCCUCUUGGCGUCCCACCGGAAGAAGCGGCCUCCUCCGCCGCCGGGCCCCCGGCCGUGGCCCAUCGUCGGCAGCCUGCACCUCAUCGGGGAGCUGCCGCACAGGUCCAUCCACGAGCUCUUCCGGAAUUACGGUCCCAUCAUGCAGCUCUACCUGGGAUCGCAGCGGGUGGUGGUGGGGUCGUCGGUGGAGAUGGCGACGGAGUUCUUGAAGAAGCAGGACCUGGUCUUCGCCUCGCGGCCGCGGACGGCGGCGGGCAAGUACACGACCUACAACUACUCGGACAUCGCUUGGGCCCCGUACGGGCCGUACUGGCGGCAGGCGAGGAGGUUGUGCCUCACGGAGCUCUUAUCCGCCAAGCGCUUGGAUUCCUUCGAAUACAUCAGUGUGGAGGAGAUUCGGCGGAUGCUGGCGUACUUAGGUUUUACUAAAAUGCAAGUGAAACAAGUUGAUUCUCAAUUUGAACAAACCUCUACUAAAUAUAGAUAA